AUGGAUUUAUCAGGCUCUUCCACAUCAGGAGCUGCCGAUGCUGCAGGAAAUGCCACCACAUCCAGCUCCACAAGCAUACCCUGUCGAGAUCAAGUAUAUUGUCUAGAAUUGGCCAAACGGGCCGUGGCACGGGCAGCACUGCAUCUGGGAAUCACAAAUAUGACAGCCGAAGUUCUAGACACACUGGGGGAUGUAUUAUGCGAGUAUCUGCAACGGCUGGGUGGCGUAUUGGCACACAACGUAGAGUCCAGUGGUCGAACUACCCAGCAUUGCAAUGCAUUGGAUAUGAUAAGAGCAGUGGAAAUUUGCACCAGUCCAGCCGUCAAUCGGGUUCAUUUCACUAGUAGCGAUGCAGCUGCUGGAGCCACCGGGAAUGCCGCAACGGGCAACACAGCUGCUGCUGCACUGACCACCAAUCAUCACAAAAGCAACGGUCAGUACCAAGAAGAAAAUGGAAACAGUGGCACAGACAGAAAUCGAGACAAUCACAACAAUGCACAUCCGCCAGGGUCUUGGCAAGGUUUAGCAGCAUUUUGUUUUGGUCCGAACUGGCAAGAUCAGAAAGAAAAAGAAAUAGAAGCUGCCGAGCUACAAGGCGCUGGAGGAAAAGUUGGUCCCCGAGCAGUCUCUCAACAGGAAGAGGCUGAAAAGGAUUGCCAGGAAGGAUGGAGGGCUCCAUAUCCCGAUGAAGUCGCUCUGUUUCCCUUAUGCUCGAAACGAGUGGCCAAUCCGCACGGAAUGACUAAAAAGGGGCAACUAAUGAACCUCUACGGCAGAUUGGCCCCUCCAACAGACAACCCCUCGGAGAUCCUAAGAGGCCAAGAUUUGAUAUCCGCAGAGGACGCCGAUCAAGAACGACAGAACAUGGAACGAAUACUGGGCAGGCUGCCGGAAACUGCAUGGGGAGGACUGACUCCACCGCCAACUGCAAGAGCGGCAGGCUCUACGACUGCAACGACCUCCAAUGGUGCUGGGACGGGUACAGCUGGAGCUACCACCGAUGGCAAAGACGGUGCCGGGGCGGCCAGUGGUGGAACUGGAGCAAAGAGAAAACUGGAAGAAGAUGACACUGCAAUAAAAAAGGAGGACGCAAAAGCAGAAGAUGCCACUGGUGCUGCCGGGGAUAAGAAAACUGAAACUACUGACGAAAAGUCAAACAACAGCAAAGAGAAGGAUGAUAAAACAGGGGCGCAGCCAGCCAAGAAAAAGGUCAAACUCGAGGACGGUUCGGCAAAGGCUUCCAAGGCGUCCACACCCAAAAAGAAAAAGAAUGCUGCCAAGGAUGGCGAGAAAGACGAUGAGGAAAUGAAGGAUGUCGAACCAGAUGCUACUGGUGAAUCGAAGAAUCCUGAUGACACCGAGGCGUCAGCCGCAACACAGAAAGCUGCUGGAGGACAAACAUACAACUAUGUCCCUACAUUCUACCCAUCCAUUCCCAACAUGGCUGUUGGUGCCGAUGCUGCAGGUUUGCGUCAAACCACCGUAAUUGAUAUAUUGGAGGCGCAAUCAAGCGAGGCUGCUGCGUCGGGCAAUGCGGCGUCAGCUACUGACCCAAACACUGCUGCUACGUUUGGCCUGAGAUCUGCUUUGGUAGAAUUGGGAACGAGUUAUUGGGGGAGUCAUGCUGAUGACGACACCAGCACUAUGAAUACUGCCGUUGAAGGGGUGGAUGCUUCGAAGGUACCGGCCGGAAGGGGCACUGCGGCUGCCGCGCCCUCACAAGGACCGAUUGUACCUUUGGGACGUGCCAGUGGAUCAAGGGUUAGUCGCAUCCUCGAAGGAAGCAUGGAUGCAGCUGCCAUGCAACCAUAA